CACUUAUAUUGUUUUUCAACAUAAGCGUUGUAGAAACUAUUCAUCAUUAUUCUAUCAAAAUAGAAACUGCGAGAAAAUUCACAAGAAAAACUCAACAGAAAAGAAAAAAAACAAUAAUAAUCAACAUAAAAUCUUUAAAAAUCGAAUCUUUUGUGAUUACUGCAUUUUGAAUCAGCUCUGUAAAACGUUGGAAUUUGAAUCAAUUUUGUUAAGAAAAGAAAGAUUAUUGGAAGAAGAAGAAAAAUGGUGGCUGAAGCAGAGGUUGUGUGUCAACAAAGCGUGGAUGUAUUAGAUGUGAAGUAUUUUCCGAAUAAAGGAAGCAAUAUACAUGAGAUCGGUGAUGGAGAUGCUAUUUCUCCAUCGAAUUUUGAGAAAGUUCGAGUUUCUGAAUCAGUUUCUGCUGAGUUACUUACUUCAAAAGAAGAUACUAAGACUGCAGACAUAAUCUCAGAAGCUGCGGUUCUGCAAUUCGUCCCCUGCAUCCGUUCUGGUAGUUUUUCCGACAUUGGGCCGCGUAGAUACAUGGAAGAUGAACAUAUAAGGAUAGAUGACUUGUCUUCUAAUCUGGGAUCUCUGUAUAAUUUUCCUAAACCAAGUGCCUUUUAUGGGGUGUUUGAUGGUCAUGGAGGACCUGAAGCUGCAGCUUAUAUAAGAAAAAAUGUUAUAAAAUUCUUCUUUGAAGAUGUAAAUUUCCCUCAGACAUCUGAAGUUGAUAACAUAUUUCUACAAGAGGUGGAGAAUUCCCUCAGAAAGGCUUUUCUUUUGGCAGAUUCAGCUUUGGCUGAUGAUUGCAGUGUGAACACUUCAUCAGGGACCACAGCUCUUACUGCUAUGAUAUUUGGAAGGCUUCUAAUGGUAGCGAAUGCUGGUGACUGUCGAGCAGUUCUCAGUCGUAAAGGAGAGGCCAUUGACAUGUCUCAAGAUCACCGACCUAUUUAUCCAUCAGAAAGGAGGCGAGUUGAAGAAUUGGGUGGUUAUGUAGAGGAUGGUUAUCUUAAUGGCGUUUUAUCAGUUACGAGAGCACUAGGGGACUGGGACAUGAAGUUACCUAGGGGUGCUCCCUCACCUUUGAUUGCAGAGCCUGAGUUUCGCCAAAUGGUUCUAACAGAGGACGACGAAUUCCUCAUCAUUGGAUGUGAUGGCAUUUGGGAUGUGAUGACAAGUCAGCAUGCCGUUAGCCUUGUUCGUAAAGGUUUGAGGAGGCAUGAUGAUCCAGAGAAGUGCGCCAGGGACCUAGUUAUGGAGGCAUUACGCCUCAACACAUUCGACAAUCUGACAGUGAUCAUUGUCUGUCUCUCUUCACUUGACCAUGGAGAGUCAGAGUCAUCACCACCUCCCCAGAGGAAAUUGAGAUGCUGUAGCCUCUCUGCAGAGGCUCUUUGUAGCUUGAGAAACUUAUUGGAAGGAAAUGCUAGCAACUGAAUGUAUAUACAAUUAAUCAAAUAAAGUGUUGUGGAGGUUACUUAAGCUGUUUUUGACUGCUUCAGUUUAGGCGUAGGAAAAAGCAGCCAUCAUUUUUUCACGUUGUCUGUUGAUGUACAUAGCCCAGGGGUAGAGGAUGGUGGUGUAGAUAUGUAAUAUUUUUACAUUAUUAUUUUGUACUAGUCAUUUUUUUCCACUAUGACCGCCACAUUCACAUCAUAUUCUUGUGUGUCAAUAAAAUUUUGUUCUGAGAAUAUAUUAGUUUAUAUCA